GUUCACGCCGCGCGGCACCUUUCCAACUGACCAUUCAAAAUGCGGGAGUGCGUGGCGAUCGUACUUUUCGCGCUUAUUUCCGGAAUGCGGUGGAAUUUCUGUUCCGGGAUCUACCUGGACGAAAUCCUGCGGGAGAACGACACAGCGGAUGACUUGAUCGAGAUGUACAUCCCCACCAUGAGGGCUCAGGGAGCGCUGUGCAGGAAGCACAGCAUCUUUUACGCAGACGAGUUGAAGAAGUACAGGCUGUGGGCAGCUGAGAUGUUCGAUGCUACGACAAAAUUCCCAAGCGGAGUUUUAUAUGGGGCAACGUACGAUUUCGGAAACUUUGACGAAUGUCUGGAGAUUAAAGUCCCCUACGACAAGAACGGAUUCAGCGGGCAGUACUGCAUGGCAAAGUUCAUCAUAGUACCUCCUUCCGAAGAAACUGCCAGUAGUUCUGUUAAUUCUUUCGACUACGAACAUGGGGACUACGUUAGUUAUUAUAAUUUCACAGUUUGGGACAAAAUAAUUAGUUACAGGAGCCGUCAACGGAAUCCGAGGAACGAAAUGAACUUCGCCUUCUGCCUGCCAUCUUCUUGCAACUACGAAGAUCUGCAGUAUAGUCUGAAGCAACUCGUUAGGGAAUUCACGAACAAAACAAAUUACAAGCUUCAGGUGGAAGUCGACAAAGGACACUGCCAGAUUGAUGAAGCCACUGUAUUGGAGAGAGGAGAUAAGAUUUACUUGUUCUUCAUAGCAUCCCUUCUUUCAUUGGUGAUUGUAGCCUCCAUAUACGAUGUUAUUACCAAAAGGGAUGAUUUUGCUAUGUACAGGCUCAAGGAUGGGAUACACACGUUGCUGAUUUGUUUCUCGUUUCCAAGAAAUGUAAGAAAACUCACUUCAAACACAAAGUCCAAGGGUUCCAACAACUUUAACUGCAUGGCUGGAAUGAAAGUAUACUCCAUGUUUUGUAUAAUAUUGCUGCACAGGAAUAUGUUUGACUUGGGAUCUGCGACAUCGAAUCCUAAGGUGAUAGAACAGUAUUACUCAAAAUUCGGCUUAACGUUCAUUCUUAAUGGACCUAUUUUAGUGGACACUUUUUUCACCCUAUCUGGAUUCCUAGCAACUUAUCUAGCUUUGAACCAUCUAGCUAAGGCCAAACGUAGGAACAUACUCCUGCUGUAUUUCCACAGAUACAUUAGGAUGGCUCCGACAUACGCAGUUAUCUUGGCGUUCUACUGCACUCUUCUGACAAAAUUAGGCAACGGACCACUGUGGAAGGACAGAGUAGUCGCCGAACAAGAGAAAUGUCGGAAAGUCUGGUGGGCUAAUUUGCUGUUCAUCAACAACUAUGUCAAUACGCAGUACUACUGCAUGUUCCAGUCCUGGUACAUGGCAUGUGACAUGAACGCCUUCAUAUUCGUACCCAUAAUAUGCCUAAUAAUGGUGAAGAAAGCACGGCUGGGUGUCAUGAUAACGCUUGUAUUGAUGAUGGCUUCUGCAAUAACUGUGUUCAUCACUGUUUUGACCUACGAUGAGGCACCCAUCAUCCUUCUGUAUAUGAAAAUGCUUCUCCAACCAAACACGGACUCCACAUUUCUACGUAUCUACAUCCCCGGGCAUAUGCGAGCUGCCUCAUACUUCGUCGGAGUACUAGCUGGAUACCUGAAGUACAAGAUGGUGUCCGAGAACUUAAAAUCCCGAAGAAGUGGGUGUAUGUGGGAUGGUUAAUAAGUGCCCCUCUGAUGUUCGCAUCUUUGCACGUGGCCUACAUAUUCUACAAUGUCACAGUGCCAGCGUGGUAUUCUGCGCUUUAUGCUAGCUUGCAUCAUGUGGCAUGGAGUGCCAGCAUUGCUUGGAUGGUACUCGCUAUUUCAUCGGGAUAUGGACCCUGGAUCGAAGGUAUGCUGUCAUGGUCACCUCUUGUAGUGCUCAGUAGGCUAUCAUACACGGUAUACCUGUGCCAUGGGAUCAUCCAAAUGGUAACAGCAGGAACCAUCAGACAUCCCAGAUAUGCCAGUAUGUUUACGUCGAUACACUCAACAUGUGCAGAUAUAAUUUUAGGGUACUUCUUAGCGUUCAUGCUAUCGAUGUUGGUAGAAGCUCCUUUAUUAGGACUGGAAAAAGCUUUAAUAUGGAGAGGGCACGCCCAAAAAGACUCCAGUAUAAAGAAACAGGAAAACACAGAAAGUCACGACAUACCAACAACAACGUAGACAAGUUGACAUGCAGGCAGAAUUAUAACAGCAUACCCAUAAGAAGUACAUUUACCUGUGUUACAAAAAUACGAGUAUUAUAGAACAUAAUUAAGCUUUAAUAGUUCCGUAACUUCAUCUCAUCGAUGUAAAAAUAGGAGAAUGUAGAAAAUAGUCGAGAAGUUUUUACUUAGAACUUUUACAAGUAUUGUAGAAGUAGUGAAUACAAAUAAAUAAUAGUUUUUAUUUGACAAUUAAAUAAUACAUUCUUAAUUCACAUGGUAAAUAAAUAUCCAUACUUGCAGCAGCUGUAAUUAUGCUUAGGGUGACAAAGCUUCUGCGAGGAACGGUCUCUGAAAAGGAAAAUUAUAUUCGAUUUGAAUGAAAUCUCGUAUACAGUUAGAUACAAGUAAAAGAGAGUCGUCUUGUUGAGGUAUUUCACUCCAAGCUAGCUAUUCUUGGUUCUGAAGAGCUACUAGUGUUUGUGGAUGAUGAGGUAAAGAUGUCACUAUUCUUCCCAUCAUAUCUCCCACAAGUUCAGUGGGCGAAAGGUCUGUAGAUCUAAGAGACCAAGUAAGAAGACGCACUUAAGCAAUAUUGAAACAGUUCAUUGUAGGCCUCGUAGCGCCAUAUAUCCACUGUAUAAUAGCCUCCUAAAACGCUUGAAAACGUUAUUUUCUAACAAUAUAAUGUUAUUCCUUAUAUCGCUAAAUCUACAGUAAACUAUGUACUUCAAUAAUGUAGCACCCUCGUAUAGCUGGGACCUUGGGAGGCGUAAGGCGCUAGGCAACCAGAGUUACGCGACCAUGUAUGAAGCGUGCUUACGACGCCAUCGUGAAUAUUAAAUAAACGUCUGAAAAUGAAUCUGCUGUCAUCCAGACUACUGCCAUGGAAGUUCCUGAAAACGCUUGAAUGUUCCUCGACUCGUCAAUAGCGGAAUACAUAUUUGACCAGAUGACGAAAUGAGUUAGUCGAGGUCGAGUGUCCAGUCUACAGUCUCAGUCGAGCCAAUCUACAGCGAUCGCGGAAUUAGGAUGUAAUAAUAGUCUAGUCGACAGAGUUAUAAAUUUGUUGCAAGUGUUACACUUUAGUGAAGCAGUAAUACAUUAGAACAGUAAAACGGUGUCUUCGUUACAAUAACGCUCAAGUCCUUGGCAGCAUAAUAACCUAUCAAGCCAUCAUAUAAUGUUGUGAGACUGAUUAACGCAAUAUUGUCAAUUUUCCAUGAUCUUUUUGAAUGUCUGGUCAUUUAGCUGAAAAAAAAUCUUGUUUGGCGUCGUUAAAAUGUUCCGAUUUUGAGAAUAAAAUACUGUUCUAAAACUGAACCAAAUGACCAAAAGGUUGUUCAAAUGGUCUGACAAUUUAUAUCCGGGGGAUUUCAGGUCGACACUACAUUUUCAAUGGUGGAGCCAGUAUUACAGAUCAAAAUUUUAUAGGAUCUGUUUUACAUUAUGUUUUUGUGUUCUACAUUGUUCCGACAAUUUGAUCACAUAUUCUUACCUUGGUUCAACCAUGAUUUAAUCGAAAUCAUCCGAAAAUAGGCGGAAACAUCGUC